AUGAAAGUUAGGAAAUCGCUUCAAGUAUUUAUUAGUAGAAAUAAUUUAUUUAAAGUCUGCCCUCCUUAAACAAAGAGUAAGAAGAGUAUAGUUGAAUUGAGAUUAUUAGAAUAGGAAUAACGGAAGGAGAAAGCAAACUCAUCAGAUUUAUAUGAGACAGAAGAAUUGUAUUUUGAAGAUUAAUCAAAGUUUAUUGGUAAAAUAGAAAAGAAUUAAGCAAAUGGGGAAGGAAAAUUAUGGUUAUAUAAUGGAGAUUAUUAUGAAGGAAAUUUCUGUAAUAAUUUAAUGCAUGGGAAAGGCAUUUAUAAAUAUAAAAAUGGAACUACUUAUGAAGGAGAUUUCUUAAAUAAUAAACCUGAUGGAUUCGGAAUAGAAUUAUAAAUUAAUGGAUCAAUUUAUAAGGGAACAUUUAAGGAUGGAAAAAAGGAUGGGUUUGGAUACUACAAAUGGUAAUAAGGUUGUUAAUAUGAAGGCGAAUGGAAAAAUAAUAAUAUAAAUGGAAAAGGGAAAUAUGAUUGGCCUGAUGGGAGGGUAUGUAGAUAAAUAAUAAUUUCAGUCUUAUGUAGGAGAUUGGGUAGAAAAUUAAAUGCAUGGGAAAGGAAAGUAUAAUUGGUAAGAUGGGAAAUACUACGAUGGGGAAUAUUAAUUCGAUAAAAAGCAAGGGUUUGGUAUAUUCUACUGGCCAGAUGGGAAAUAAUAUAAAGGAUAUUGGAUGGAUGGAAAAUAACAUGGAAAUGGUAUGAUGAUUUAUGCUGAUGGUAAAAAGAAGAUUGGUGAAUGGAAAAAUGGUUAAUUUAUACAUUGUAUUGAAAAUGAUAAUAUUGAAAUAAUACCUUAGAAUUAGAUUGUAUGA